AUGUCUGUAUCGCCGCAGCUCAGGCGCUUGAACCCCUUGACCGCGAACCACGACCACCUUCCACUGGUAAGCUCUUGGUCCUUAUCCAUACAUCACACUGAAACGGAUGUCUCGCGCAUUAGAUCGUCGAUAUCCAGCAUCAUUCUCCAACCGCCCGAGUUCGCACAGUCUCUACCACUACCAGCAUGCGAUCUCGACAACCUCGCCCCCCUUUCAGGUGACGACGCGGUGAGAAGAUGGACGCUUUCCCGCGCCGAAGAGUAUCAACGCCUCGCGCUCACCCUCCACUCUCUGCACAACGCCGUCGCCCCCGUCCACCGCAAGCUUCCCACCGAGAUUAUCUCCGAGAUCUUGGCCCACUGCUGGCAAGACGGCGACAGCCGCAGCAUCCGCGUCGCGCACGUCUGCCGGCGCUGGCGCGCGAUCGCGCACAAGACCCCGCGGUUCUGGGUGGCCGCGGUCGCCGCCCCCGGGUCGAUGCUCGACUUCGAAAGGUGGGAGCAUUGGACGGCCGCAACACGCGACGCACACCAAGCGUGCGCUGCGACGGUCCUCGCGCUCGCCAGUCCGCGUCCCGUCCGCGUUGCGGUGCACGGCCUUCCUCGCCCGGUCGCCGCCACGCUUCGGCUUCACGUGGAACGCGUCGUGGAGCUGACGGUCACCAUUCCGAGCGUGAACGACUGCCUCUCGUUGCGACAGCUGCUAAGGACAGAGGCGCCGAACCUGGAGACGUUGAAAGUG